AUGAUGCUCCGUUCCCGUGUGGUGGUGUGUGCUCGUCUGAUGCACCGGCUGGUGCCGGUGAUGAAGCCCGAACACGUGGCGUCUUCGACAGUGGCGUCGGCGCAGGAGAUUGGCUGGAUCUCCCACAAUAAGCUCGGGGAAAAUGCCAACAAGACCCCGAGAAAUACGGCCAAUAACCGGUUUCGAGACCUUUUGGAGGCUAAGGAGUACCCGAAGAAGAAGCAGCAGCUGGCGAAACGCCCGCAACGGCCGGCAGGCCCUAACCGGCGGGUCCGGUUCGCCAACGAGCUGGGGCUGGAACAGCUGCGGGCGGCGCUCAAAUGGCUCGUGCUGCAGGUGCACCAAGUGUCGCCGCUGUACCGGGUGAAAUUGCUCGACCAGGGGAAGCCUCAGCCGGCGGAUUUUGUCGAAAUUGCCAACUCGCUUAAUUUGAAGCAACAGGGGGUACAGGUGAUUAAACAGGACGAGGGCGUGCUUGUGAAACUUGUCAAAGUCGAAGAUAUGGUUAAGACUUACCUGAAUCACUUGGCGCAAGUGAGAGAACAGGAAUUGGUGGCGCUGGGCAAUUUGAAGAUGCAAAGAAUUUUAGCUAACCGGGCGAAAGCCGAACGGAAAAAGCUGGCGCUGAAGGUGGUUUCGUUUAAAUGGAGCAUCUCCUUAAGUGAUUUAAAGGAACAGAAACGGACUGAGCUUAUGGGACGUCUCAAUAAGGGGGAACAUUUCACUGUCGAACUCGCGCUGCGGAAACGCCGCCCCCGUGACGAAGACGAAUGGCAACUUGAAUUAAAGAAACGUGAGUUGGUGUUCGAUACUGUGGAGUCGAUCCUCGCCGAAUUACCGUGUUCUGUCGAACUUGAAGAGUCGUCGUUGGAAGAGAAAGUGGUGCUUAAGGUUACCCCUACCGCCGCCGCGACUCAGCCAACUGUGACUGAACCAGCCGUGACUGCCACUCCUAAGAAGGCUAAAAAGCAACAGAAGGCUCAACCUGUGGCGGCUAAGCCUCAGGAAAAGAAGAACGAAGACGACUUGGACGCGAUGUACUCGUUCAAAAUCGAUGACUAA